AUGCCUGCCGUAUCGCUAAUCACGAGGGAAUGGCUUCAUAGCAGCUUCAAUCUGUGCGUUCCGGUUACCAUCGAGAAUUGGAAACGGAAACCGCAAUCUGGGCAGCGCUUGAUCGUUCGUUUUCCUCUUCCGUAUCACUUCGGCGAAGCCUUUCGGCCUGGAAACGCUGAUGAGAAGAUUUGCUGCGAGGCGGGGACUUAUACAUGGCUUCAGCAGAAUUGUCCUGAUGUGCCGAUUCCGUGGUUGUAUGGGUUCGCGACGUCUACGGGUGGAACGUUUACUCACGUCGAUAGUCCCCCGUUCUUUCUGAAAACCCGUCCUCUUGCUCUGGAGGUCCAGGACCCGGAGAACGAGGAUAUUCCGACUGACAUACCACGAGACUACACUUACAACACUGUUGACUCGUACGUGACAGAUGUCCUAGGAAUGCAUGAUAGCCGCAUCCAACACCAACCCAAUGCAAUCAAUGAUAUCAACGAUUUCAUUUACCAAAUAUCCGCCCUGAUAGCAAUCCGAGCGACAUUCCCAACAUUCUUCUGCGGAGAACUGCGCCGUGGGCCUUUCGUCUUUGCUCUAACAGGCAUCUACCAAAGUGACGUCCUUGUUGAUAAAGACUGGCACAUCACCUCAACUAUUGAUUUGGAAUGGGGCUGCUCUCAACCAAAUUGA